AUGCCGAUUCCUAAUAUUCCAGCUAAUGCUCGAUGGGCACAGAAUGGAGUGACUCUUGCUGGAGGCAAUGGACUAGGCAAUACCUCUAAUCAACUCAACUAUCCUGACGGUCUCUUCGUUGAUGAUGAUCAAACGAUGCUCAUCACUGACGUUAAUAAUCAUCGUAUAAUUGAAUGGAAUAUGGGUGAUACGAAUGGACAACUAGUCGCUGGUGGUCACGGAGAAGGAAAUCGAAUGUAUCAAUUGUAUGAGCCAACAGAUGUGUUGAUCGACAAGGAGACUGAUAGUUUUAUUAUUUGUGAUUCGCAUAAUCAACGCGUCGUAAGAUGGUCUCGUCGUAAUGGUACAACCCAAGGAGAAAUACUUGUGGACAAUAUCGGUUGUUGGGGAUUAGCCAUGGAUGGUCAGAGAUAUCUCUACAUCUCUGACACCGUAACUAAUGCAGUAAGACAGUAUCAAAUAGGAGAUAAGAAUGGCAUUCUCAUAGCUGGUGGCAAUGGCUCAGGUGCUGGUCUCAAUCAACUGAACUUGCCGAAAUACCUCUUUGUCGAUCGACAACAGACUGUCUACGUGUCAGACGCCUAUAAUCAUCGUGUGAUGAAAUGGAAUAAAGGAGCAUCACAAGGAAUUGUUGUUGCUGGAGGUGAAGGUCGAGGAAACGCUACAACACAAUUGGCUUAUCCUUACGGGCUUUUCGUCGAUGCAUUGGGUGCCGUCUAUGUCGCAGACUCAGGGAAUAAUCGAGUGAUGCGUUGGUCUCAAGGAGCGAAACAAGGCACUGUUCUUGUGGGUAACAAUGGUAAAGGAGAAGGAGCAAACCAGUUCAAUGGUCUUGGGGGUUUGUCCUACGAUCGACAAGGCAAUCUGUAUGCCGUAGAUUGGAAGAAUCAUCGUGUUCAACGCUUCGCAAUCCAAUGA